UCAUGUCAGGUGACGCUCUGUGCGUCUAGUGGAAUGUAAGGGAAAUUUGAUAAUUGCAUGUUUACACGCUACGGACUAUUUCUUCUUCUGGUGUUUUUUUCCCCUUCGUCUCCGUGUGUCCUUUAUUUCUUCCCGUUGAGAGCAGACGAUCUCCAGCAGAAGUCGUCCUCGUUGACGGAGAUGAAUCUGAAAAAGACCAAGGUCUACAAGCUCAUAGAGUCUGGAGAGAGAAAUGCCGUCAUCAAGGGCAUGUGUGAUUACUUGAAGAGCGGCAAGAAUCCCAACACUCGGGACGCGGCGACGGGCGAGAGUCUGCUCCACCAUAUAGUACGACAUGCCGACCGAUUCUCGCAGCCGGACAUGGUGCUCGUCAUCUACAUGUUGGCGUGCAAGGACGUCGACGUCGAUGCCAUCGACAACAUGGGGGAGACGGGGCUACACAAAGUCGUCCGACAGAAGGGAGGCUACAGGAUACUCAUUGCCUUGAUGAGGUGUGGUGUUGACACAAGUAUCCGGAAUAAUGCAGGAUUGACGGCUGAAGAGGUGCUUCUCACAGAACGACCAGAAGGCUGGCAGGAAACGCUGCACUGGUACAACAAGUUCAAACCCGGUCUGUGGGUUGCUUUACGCGAUGAAGUUCCCGACAGGAGACUCAUAGAACGUCUUCUCCAGUCUUGGUGCCGACUGACCACCGUCAAGGACGGCAAAGUGUUUAACCUGAAGACUAUGGUACAACAUGACGCACGCAAGCUGGAUCUCCUACAUAUGAUGGAUAAAUACGAAAACACCAUUGAACUUGCACUGGCCUUCCUUGGCGGUCUCGGAUUUAUUGUUCGAAAAUGGCAAAACGAAGGCAUUCUUAACAACUGUGACAUCAACGCGUGCGACAUCUCGUACCAGAGACACUACCCCGAGUUCCCGCCCGUCCCGCAGCCCAUGCUGGCGGCCACAUGGGAGGUGAACAGUCUGAACGCCGUGGACGCUGCCAUGGACAUGCACCCUGACACGGCGAUAUCGUACAACGACACGUCCCACACAGACGACACCAAACCACUCUUCUUUCACAUUCUAACUAGUCCAAAUCGGCCUGACGAUGACGUCAUAGAGCGUGUCAUCAAAGGAUCCAACAUGGCUGCCAGAAAUCCCGAGGGUCAAACAAUAUUACACCACGCCAUCAACUGUCAGGAAUCCAACCAUCUCGUGGAAACGGUUCUCGCGUGCGAUGUGGACGUGGCGGCGCGUGAUAGGUUAGGAAGGACUGCACGUGACCUUGCAGAGAAAGCGGAAAUGUGGGACUACGUGAAACUCAUUGACCAGCAUGUGUUCAAACUUCUGAAGAACAAAAAGUUCGAUGUCGUGGAAAAUUUAAUUUUACAUAUGUACGAUCACAUCACGGACAUCAAAGACUCUUUUGGCAAGACUGCCGUGGAUUAUGCCAAAAAGAAUUCCACACGACAGAUAGCGGAGGUUGUACAGCUUUCUAGUGCAAUCCAGGGUUACGUAAAUCGAGUAUUUCUCGCAGUUCAACAGGGUUCGGUAACCGAUCUUCAGAAGUUACUUUCCUGCAAGAAGUACGCACUAGCCAAAGACAAGACGGGCCAAACACCUUUGCUCCGAGCUAUAAUGGAAGGCAAAAGGGACGUCCUACUCUUCCUGAUCAGCGAGUUUCCAGCAACCGUGACAGAUACAGACAGCCUGCAAAGGUCAAGCCUACACUACGCACGGUUAUUUAUGAAUGACCCGGAAGUGAUAGAUCUCUUGAAAAAGGCAGGAGCAAAUGCGGAUGCCAGGGAUACGUUCGGGAGGAUUCCUGUUUCCUAUAGUCAAAAGGUAUUGGGGAACCAGGCGUUCGCAGUCCUGAAGAAAGAAAUAAAAGAGAUGGCGUUUGAUGUCUACCUUCAGGAGAAUAACUUUGAUGAACGCUUCCGAGCUUCUAUACAGGGAGGUAAUUACGCUGAAGUUGUACAGCUUGUUACAUCUGCGCUGGAACACGGCGACGUCACGAGCCGCUUCAGGUGUAGCUUGUUCAAGUGUGUUGAUCUGCGGUAUGAAAAGAUCGCCAUAUACCUCAUUAAAGCCGGAUUCACGUGUGAUAUCCACAAACAGUAUAGCCGCUGCGACCCCCGUGACGCGAUGUGUGCCAUGAUGGAGUGCGGCCACAGGUCGACGUCACUCCGAGACCGAGCCAUCGAACAGGGCUGUGCUGACGUGGUGCGGGCCAUCGAUGAGGCGAAGUUCUCCAAGGUAGUAAAGCUAAACACUCAUUUCAAUCAGACCUCGCACUUUGAGGAGAGCUAUCACUCUCACUAGCCGUCAGUCCCAGGAGCACGGCAUAAGGGGAGGGUGUGUGUAAUACAUAAAUUAAGAAUCGGCAGUUUGGAAUGCCCUCUUUUUUUUUUUUUUUUUUUUUUUUUUUUUAAACAACUACUGUUACUAGAUUUAAUUCUAAAGUAAUUAGUUGAUUUUCUUUCUUCUUUUAUUUUUAGGGUGAAGGUGUGUGCCGAUAUGCCAAUGGAGAUUUCGGCAAUUGUUGAUUUUUCAUUCAGAAAUAAAAAGAAAUGCUGAUUUA